AGGCCAGUCAUGCAUACCCAAAAUCUUUUCCUAUAUAUACUCAACUUCUCAAUGUAGGGUUUCAUCGACAAGUGAUCCAAUGGCGAAGUCUAAGGUUCUAAGCAUUGUUUUCUUUGUGUUGUUAGGUUUGGGAAUAUGUUCUGCCGCUAGAACACUCCUAAACUAUGGUUCAGAUCACUACAUUGGUGGUUCUAUCCAUGGUGAUAUUGGUGGAGGAGGAGGUGGAGGAUAUGGUACUGUAGGUGGUUAUGGAGGAGGAGCUGGUGGAGGAGAAGGUGCAGGUGGAGGAUAUGGUGGUGCUGGUGCUGGUGGACAUGGUGGAGGAGGAGGAAGUGGAGGAGGUGGUGGUGCUGAAGGAGGUGGAUACGGUGGAGGAGCUGGUAAGGGAGGUGGGGAAGGCUAUGGUGGAGCAAGUGGAGGAGGUUACGCUGGUGGUGGUGGAGAAGGAGGAGGUGGUGGUGCAGGAGGUGGUGUUGCCGGGGGUGGAUAUGGAGGAGGAGCUGGCCAUGGUAAGGGUGGUGGAGAAGGGUAUGGUGGUGGGGAAGAAAAUGGUGGAGGUUAUGCUGGAGGCGGUGGUGGAGGUAGUGGUGGAGGAGGUGGUGCAGGGGGUAGCAGUGGUGGAUAUGGAGGAGGGGCAGGUAAAGGAGGUGGGGAAGGCUAUGGUGAAGGUGGAGCAAAUGGGGGUGGUUAUGGCGGUGGUGUCGGAGGUGGUAGUGGUGGAGGAGGAGGAGGUGGUGCUGGAGGCUAUGGAGGAGGCAAGGGAGGUGGAGCUGGUGGUGGAUAUGGUGGAGCACCUGGUGGAGGAUAUGGAGGCGGAGGAGGAAGUGGUGGAGGUGGUGGCGGCGGUGGCGGCGGUGCUGGUGGAGCACAUGGGGGUGGAUAUGGUACUGGUGGAGGAGCCGGUGGAGGAUAUGGUGGUGGAGGUGCCAGUGGAGGUGGUGGAGGCGGUGGUUCUGGUGGUGGCUAUGGUGGUGGUGGGGCACAUGGAGGAGGAUAUGGUGGUGGUGCCGGUGGCGGAGAAGGUGGUGGCCACGGUGGAUAUAAUUAAGCUCCUCUAACCAUAGUAUUAACAAGAAUAAGGUAUGAGUAGAGGAUGCUUUAAUAUAAGAGAAUAUUACACUUCCUAAAUGUAAUUUACGUAUUACAUGCAUGAAUUCAUCAAAAUGGAUGUAACGGUGUGAAGGACAUAUAUAUCAAUUUAUUAUUCUAAAAUGCUUAAUGCAUUAUUCCAUUUC